CAGGUAAUGUGAAGUGGUGAGGGUGUAGUUUGAGGAGAAGGAAAGCGAAGAAGCACAAGUUAGUGCGGCGCGCUAGCAGCGCGAGCGGAUUUGGCCGGUGGCGGCGUGGUGCUGACGUUGCGGCUCGCGCUGGGCGCAUAUAGACACCGCGCUGUGCAGGGCCCGUCACUCUGCCUGCCUCCGUCACUGACUGCGUGUGCUGCCAGCUCCUUGUCACGAUAUCUGUCUCGCUCUCUGUCUCCGCAUCACCAUGGCCGACACUGCCACCGAUUCUCCAGCUGCGUCUUCUGCUCCUGCCGCCAGCAAGAAAGCCGCCGCCAAGACCAAGAAGCCAGCCAAACCCUCGGAACACCCGAAAUACAACGUCAUGAUUGCAGCAGCCAUCGACACCCUGAAAGAACGGGGUGGCUCGUCACGACAGGCCAUCCUCAAGUACAUCCAGGCCAACUACAAAGUGGGUGACGAGGUGGCCAAGAUCAACGCUCGCCUCAAGACCGCCCUGAAAGCUGGCGUCAAGGUCGGGACCCUCAAGCAGUCGAAGGGGACUGGGGCGUCCGGUUCCUUCCGUCUGGGCGAGAAGAAAGUCGUCGUCGCCGCACCCAAGCCUAAAAAAGCCAAGAAGCCCAAAGCUGCUGCGAUAAAAAAGCCCAAGGCUUCUCCCAAGAAGGCCGCCGCCAAAAAGCCCAAGGCUUCUCCCAAGAAGGUUGCUGUCAAGAAACCCAAAGCUGCUGCUGCUGCCAAGAAAGCCAAGUCUCCCAAGAAGGCAGCCGCCAAGCCCAAGACUGCCAAGCCUGCUGCAGCCAAGAAGCCCAAGGCCGCCAAACCAGCUGCAAAGAAAGCAGCCAAAAGCCCGGCCAAGAAGGCAGCCAAAGGGAAGGCCAAGGCUUAAACUUCAUGUCACAACUAUUCCAAAUACUUGAUCACAGGUCCUUUUCAGGACCACC